UCUCAGCUGACUCCCUAGAGUCAUCAGAAUCACAGAGCAGAGAGAGCUUCCCCACAAUGGAGGGUCUGUGCUCACUAACUCUGCUGCUGCUGUUGCUGUGGCCACCUGAGACCUGGGAGGGACUGGCUCCUAAACCUCCCCUUGCCACAAAGAUCUCCAGGGAUCCUGAUGUUCUCCACCUUGGCAGUGGGACUGGGCAAGAGCCUGUCAUCAUCAUGACUUUUAACCUCACCAUGGUCACUAGAGCCAUCUCCUCCUUUGACCUUCGGACCUGGGACCCAGAAGGAGUGAUUUUUUAUGGGGAUACAAAUCCCAAAGAUGACUGGUUUAUGCUAGGACUUCGGGGUGGUCGGCCUGAGGUACAGAUCCACAACUUUUGGGCCCAGCUCACUGUGGGAGCUGGUCCCCGCCUGGAUGAUGGAUGCUGGCACCAGCUGAAAGUCAAGAAUCAGGAGGAUUCUGUGCUCCUGGAGGUGGAUGGGGAUGAGGUACUGAGGUUGAGCCAAGUCUCUAGGCCCCUGGAAGGAACUACUCUCCCCACAAUGAGGAUUGCUGUGGGGGGCUUGCUCUUCCCCCCCAAUGACCUUCGUCUCCCGCUGAUUCCUGCCUUGGACGGUUGUCUACGACGACACAUCUGGCUGAAUCAGCCUGGCAACACUGGACCCUUCAGUCACCCACCUCGGGGGGCUUGCAACCCUGAGGCCCAGCCAGGAACCUUCUUACCCCCAGGUGCCCACACAGUGUUCAGCCUCAAAGACCUCCCCCAGCCAGGUGUGGACCCCUGGGCCUUCUCCUUGGAGCUCAGACUUCAAUUUUUCGGGGGCUCAGGAUGCCUCCUUGCCCUGGGUAUCCUGGGAAAUCAAUCCCUGCUCAGCCUUGACCUUCAAGACCAAAUUUUGGUGCUUUCUGCCAGGUCACCACAGAAGCUGGAGGUACUCUCUAAGUCACUGCCUGUGAGCCCAGGGCCUCUGAUUCAACUUGAGCUGGGCCUGACCAGGGUAGCACUGAGUCAGGGGCUACAGGAAGUGGUACUUAUUUUGCCCCCUGCGCUCCUAGUCUCCCUUCUAGACCUCUGGACACAACCUAAGGGGAGCCUUAUUCUGGGAGUGGCACCAGACGUGACAUCCCACCUCCAUCUUCAUCCAGGAGAGGCCUCUUCUGCCUCCUUCUGUCUGGAUGGGCUUAGGGUACAGGGCAGGGAGCUGGACGUGGAUCAGGCUCUGAGCCGAAGCAAGAACAUCUGGACUCACAGCUGUCCACGGAGUCUGAACAACAAUACUAACACACCUCAUUAAACUUUCUUGAAAAGAGCCCCUUAAA